UAGUCGCCAGGACGGUCGAUUCAUUUAUCCACCUCCCUUGAUUCGCCGAUGUCUAUUAAGAGGACUAGUCGCCAGGACAGUCGAUUCAUCAGGGCAAAAACAAUAGCCUUCUGGGACAUCAAUGCUUGUCAGAUGCCUGUUGGCCUCGAUGCAAGAGAUAUAAGUGCGAGCGUUAACCAGACCCUUAUGAACAUGAAUUACUAUGGUAAAUUGUGUUUGAGGCUAUAUGGCGACACUGAUGUGGACAAAAUCGGUCAUACUGAUGAUACACUUCGGUUCUGUGGCAUGCCUCGCACGACAAUAUUGGAGCAGAUAUUAGUGGACUUAUACGGUGUCUCUCUGUUUAAUCGUGGUACACCAUUUAAUAUGUUGCUAAUUGUUGGAGAUUUAUCAAAAGACAAAGCCAUCCUCGAUGCUUUCAGUCUUUUGCCAAAGAGAGGUUGGGUCAAUGUUCUUGUAUGUCAGCCAUCAGCUGUUGAGGAAGCAGAAUUCUCCUCUGAAGUUAAGCUUCCACCUUGGGGUAAAAUUGUAGACACUGCUUUUGCGAUUUGUGAAAAGAAGCAGAAAGAGAGAGAAGAUUCCAGAAAGAGAGCAGAAGAAAUACGAGCUUCUUAUCUAAAUGGAACAGCCGAAGUUAGCCGUAUCUUUGGUGAAUUCUGAAGAAAAAA